AUGAAGGUGUGUGCUGGGACAAGUGAGGCUCUGUCCUGCGUCCUGGGGCUCGGGGCCCUGCUGGCCCUGCCGGGGGCCCUGGGCUCCGGCAGCAAGACCAAGGACAGCACGAGCUCCAACUCUGUCACCAUCAUCUUGCUGUUCCUGCUGCUCCUGCUGCUGGCCACUGGCCUGGCACUGGCCUGGCGCCGCCUCAGUCGCGACUCGGGGGGUUACUACCACCCGGUCCGCCUCGGCGCUGCGCUGUGGGGCCGCACACGCCGCCUGCUGUGGGCCAGCCCCCCAGGUCGCUGGCUUAGGGCCCGGGCCGAGCCAGCGUCAUCAGACAUUGACCUUGAGCAGCAAGACGAGAGGGAUGCUGACGACGACUAUGUCGUGGAUGGCGGCCUAGCGGAGGCUGAACCCCGCGAAGAGCAGCAGCUGUGUGCGGAAGCGGCCAGUCCGGGUCAGGCCCCCGCGCAGGCCCUGGGCCUCAGCAUCCAGGGGCCGGCAGGCUCGGGGGGCAGUGCCGAGGCCCUGCUCAGCGACCUGCACGCCUUCGCUGGCAGCGCGGCCUGGGACGACAGCGCGGGGGCAGCCGGGGGCCAGGGCGCCCACGUCACCGCACUCUAG